AUGUUGUGUCAGUCGAGCCGUGUGCUGCGCUGUAGUGUGUUCUGUUUUCAUUAUGGAGCGUCCAUUAUUUCACAUUUGGAAUUGUAUCAGACACUAUUAACAAAUAAUUUUCUUUAUUAUCAUGGUAUUUAUUAAAAAAAAAUAUCACACUAUUUAUUGAUCAUCUACUUUAAUAACAUACCAACGUACACCAUUCUGGUAUGAAAUUAAAAUAUAUACUUCGUGAUAUCAAGUUUAAUCGAUCUGUUUUUUUGUGGGUUCCAAUUACAAAAAAAAAUGUUUCGAUAUAUUUCUAAUGUGGUGUUCGUCGAUAAAUUACUUAAUGUCAUUAUGAACUUUGUGACUUUCAAAUUCUGGUAUAACAAUUGAAACAUUCAUAAAAAUGUUUUUAUUUAAUGAUUUCUCUAAAAGAAGUGAUGUUUAAGUUUAAGUAAAAAUUGCGCGCGCAGAUGUUCAGGAAGACCGCGUGGUGUAGAUAGUUUUGUUUCACGGUCGUUUUAUACGUCAAAUUUGACGUUUAAGAGUUAAUUUUGCUUUAAAAGGAGUUUUCAUGAAUAUGAUAUACGAUAAUACGAAUCAUAAAUUUAUCAAUUCUAGCCUUAUACAAUUAUGGACUUUUUGUACCAAGUUUAUAAUUUAAUAUUAAGAUACAUUGUCACAUAAAACUCAUGUUUUUUUUUUCAGUAUAAAAUGAGAAUUUGAUUUAUGACUUGAGAGUUGACAAAUUUUUUAAACAACGUAAAUUACGAAAAAUGAGUAAAAGGUAGUCGGGUAAUUACCCGCACUAUACUUGAAACUAUCAAUUAUUGUGUCUAUUAAAUAUAUGUAUGAUAAAAGUGAGAUUUUACAAUAUUACUCAGUCAGUGAACGAAUAAAAGAAAUAAGGUAUAAAUAAGAGAAAAGAAAAGCAAGUUUUGUUAAAAAGGCGACAGAAAGUGAGCGAGAAAAAAGCAACAGAGAUCUUCAAGGUCGUCGGGCUCACGUAACGACACUUAAAUUUUUUUUUCCGCCUAAUUUUUUCUGUAUCGUGUAAUAUAUUAAAUAUUUUUUUUCCUUCUCUCUUGCUCCCUUUUGAUCUCUUUCAUUGUUGUCUCAUGUUUAUUUUGUAGGGGUAAAUCUUUGUCUUCCACCAACAUAUCUUAGAUCUUCCAUGCAUUUGUCUUUAUACUCCAAAAUGAACUGAUUCUCAUCAAAUAUUAAUUUAUCAAUAUGAAAUUAUUCGUAAACACUUUUACGUAGUGAAGAUCGUAUUAUAUUUGUAAUACUUAUUGAUAAUUGAUACUAUUAAUAUUAUGAGUAAAAUGGUGAUAUCUUCAAAGAAAUAACCUACGGAAAUCUAAGGAAAAUUUUGAAGAAUAAAAUAUCGAGGAUUAUGAUGAUUAUGAACUUAAAUGAUUGAAUAAUUAAUUUAUCUGUUAAUUAUUUGGUUCCUGGAGACAUGACUAUUGCAAGUAAUAUUGUUGUGGAGUGGCUACGUUCACUCCACCUUUGUCAAUAUUCUGAAUCAUUCAUCGACAAUGGUUAUGAUGAUCUGGAGAUUUGUAAACAAAUUGGUGAUCCAGACCUUGAUGCCAUUGGUGUUUUUAAUCUAAAUCAUCGAAUGCAACUACUUCAAUCAGUAAAAACAUUAAGAGAAGAGGGUGCAGCUAGUGUCUAUUUUACAUUAGAAGAAACAAAUGAUUGCAUUUGUGAUAGUGUUAGUUUGAAAUCAUCAAAAACGUCUUCUGAACCUUUACCAAGUGACAAAGAAAUCCAAAGAGUUUCACCAACAGCUAGUUUAUCAAGUGGAGGACAGGAAUUAGCUAAGUUUGCUGAUGAAUAUGAAGAGGGAAAAGCUGAACUUGUUAGGAUACCGAAGUUGCAACUACAGAUAUUGCUACAAGAAAAAUUAAGACAUGACGGUAUUCGACUUGCUUGUCAGCCUUACACGACACCGGAGGGUGAACAAGGGUACUUAGAAGGACUUGCAUCAAAAUAUGCAGAUAUUUUUCAAACACACUAUGGAGAUGUUCUCGAACCUCUUGAGGAACUGCGACAACGUGAGACAAAUACUUCAUCAAAAAUUUCAAAUACUCAGCUUACUACCAGUUUUUCACAACCAAUUUACGUACCUGGGAAAUACUCACCUUCUAGUUGCUUAAGCGACAAAGAAGAAGAUGAGAUUUAUGGCUUUGGCUAUGGAGUAUUCGGUCGACAAAUGCUGCAACAACGACAGCAAAAACUCAUAUUUGCCACUCAAAAUAAUACAUUUGAUUCGGGAGGUCACCAGCAAACAUACCAUAGUUGUUUGAGUCCAAGAUCUGCUUUCUUUUACGAAUUUCCGCCAAAUGAACAAGACCAGAAUACCAAUAAAAAAAAGACAACUUUCUCUCGGCUGUUAAAAGGUCUGAAAACACAUAAAAAAGAAAAGCAGAACCAGGCACAAGCUUCACCAAAACACAGCAGUCAUAUGAAAUUAGGUGUUCCUCAAAGGAUAGAUACACCAGAUAGUGUACUUCAAAGUGGACUUGAUUUAGGUCCUGAAAUUAGCCAUGCUGUUCUUCGUUCUAUGGUAGAUCCUAAAGAUUAUGACAGACUGAGAUAUUUUCAAAUGAAUAGUGGUCAAUCUAAUAGUUUUGAGGAAACAAUACACCGGAUUCUUCGAGAUAUAAGACAAGGCUUGAUGCAACUCAAUUGUGAAGGCCAAAAUCAACCUCCAAAAGAUGACACGUAUAUGUACGAUGAAGAUGCGAGAUGUGGAGGUUUCAGAGAAGUUGGUACCGGUGGUCAACAUUGGUAUGAUGAACCUCCAUAUGAAUCAGAUCCUGAAGAUUUUCUCAUGGGCGCCUGUGGUGGACCUGUACCUACAGCUACAAUUCAAAACGGAAGGAUAUGUUUUACUCUUGAUCUACGACCUGAUAAUCGAGGUGAAGAAGUAAUAUCAUUACGAACAGCUGGAGAUAUUAGUGUACCUCGUGAUCGAUCAAAAAAGACAACUUCUACAACAAUGAGAGGUUUAAUUGUACCAAGAGGUCAUAAUAAUCCACCUGCUAUUAUUCCUUUAACACACUCUAAAGUUUCUCGCGAAAGUGGUGACUACGCAAGCAGUGAUAUUCAGAGUCGAAGCAGUGAUGAUGAAGGGUUAUCUCCAAACCAAAGCAGUGAUUUUGAAGAUCAACAAGAAUUCAUGGGUCGAAAUUCAUCAGCUAUUCACGGUUCAGAAACACGUGCUCUUCUUGAUAGUAAUGGCGCACGAACUGGAAUCGUAGGACAUGCAAAAAACUUACGUUAUGAAGUACAAAAAAAAAUUACAAAACUGAGACAAGAUCGAGCUUCUUCAGACGCGUUUCCAUGUAAUACCAGUAGUGUUGAAAGUCUCCCAAGUGGGAGUGGAUCUAGUACACAAGCUUUGGUACGAGCUGACAGUAAUCAUAGUUCUAUAUCAUGUGACGAUCGUGACGCUGUUAGUCCAACACCUAUUGGACCAAUACUUUGUCGUGCUCGUGCCAUUGUUGAUUAUACACCGAGUCCUUAUGAUAAAGAUGCUUUAAAUUUCAAGAAAGGCGAUGUGAUCAAUGUAGUACAGAUGAAUAAAAGUGGCUUGUGGAAAGGAAUUACGCACAAUCGAAUUGGAUUUUUUAAAUUUAUAAACGUAGAAAUAUUGAAUGAAAGAGUUCCGCGUUGCAGUGGUGAACUUGAAAAAACUAAGUGGAAUCGCAAGUCCAGACAUAAACCAAGAUCAGUUCAAGAACUUUUACAAAGAAUGAACUUACAAGAACAUAUACCCGUGUUCGUUUUAAAUGGUUAUGAAGAUCUUGAACUGUUUCGAGAACUUGAACCAGCAGAUCUUGAUUAUCUACGCAUCCAUCAACCUGAACAUAGAGCAAAAAUUCUUACAGCAGUGCAACUGUUACAUGACUUACAGUCUGAAAGUGAAGGUGAUCUAGCAUCGAGUUCAGAAGGUGAUGACAACAGUCGUAGAAUAUUACCAUCAUGUCAAACUUCAGGUCAUUGCUCACCGUUCACUCGACGACAGCCAUUACGUGACUCGGGUUGUUACGAUACACAUAAAACUCUAUCUAGAAAGUUAAUUAAUUUUGAUGUAUGCAAGCUUAAUCGUGAAAAUAAUUUUAACAUGUUUAUGUCCGCUAAUAAGUGUACUGAUGUAAAUAUAUUGUCUGAAGGGGGGUGUAAAGAUGAUUAUCAUCCAAAUAUUCCUAGCACUGUAAACAAUGGUGGAAUAGCUGUAAAACCAAAAGAAGAAUCACUCGAGAAGACAACGCAGCCAUGUAAUAUUAGUGGAAAUAUUAAAUUUGUAUCUAAAUGUGAUCAUUUAAGUGAAACUGUUUUAAUUAAAAACGAUGAACAAAUAGUUGCUACACCUGUUAAUAAAACUGCAAUAUUUAAAUAUAAUAUUGGUUCAAGUAAUGAUGGACUCGUUUGUGAAAGUGUGAAUGCCAUUGUUAGUCUUGGACAAAAAGGAUGUUUUAGUGAAAAAUCGAGUGAUUCAGGUGUUAGUUCAUCUAGUAUUAGUUCAGCUCCAUUAACAAGAGACAAUAAAACAAUUGUCAACACAGCUGUUGAUCCAUCGACCAAAAACUUAGCAAAUUUUACACGUGGUUCUUUUAUUUUAUCAGAAUCUAUUAUAUCUCAAGACGACCGUUAAAAUAAUAAUAAAACUUUCGAUAUCAAGCAAUUAUUAAUAUGAAAAUCAAUAAAAAAAAAUUAAGUCUUAAA